GGAGGCUGCGGGAAGACCUCGCUGCUGAUGGUUUACGCCCAGGGAGCCUUCCCCGAGCAAUACGCGCCGUCUGUCUUCGAGAAAUACACGACCAGCGUCACGGUGGGCAAGAAGGAGGUCACCCUGAAUCUGUACGAUACCGCAGGCCAGGAGGACUACGAUCGCCUGCGACCGCUCUCGUACCAGAACACAAACGUUGUCUUAAUUUGUUACGAUGUCAUGAACCCCACUAGCUAUGAGAAUGUAGCAGCCAAGUGGUAUCCUGAAGUGAAUCACUUCUGCCAGGGCGUCCCGCUCGUCCUGAUCGGCUGCAAGACAGACCUCCGGAAAGACAAGGAGCAGCUGCGCAAGCUCAGGGCUUCUAAGCAGGAACCCAUUACUUAUAACCAGGGUGAAGCAGCUUGUCAGCAGAUAAAUGCAGAAAUUUAUCUGGAGUGCUCAGCAAAAUGUCGUGAGAACAUAGAAAGUGUUUUUAAAGAAGCAACAACCAUCGCACUGAACGCCAUGAAAAAAGCCAAGCGCCAGAGGAAACAGACACUGUGCUCAGUGUUGUGAUCUGGACUGCAAGAGAGCACUGACUGCACCUGAUUCAGAUUAUAAAAGCAGUAGAAGUUUAAAGACUUUUUUUCCC